GAAGGCUGUCAAAACUUUUUGACUCCUUGAGGGAACAUGCUGGAGUUGUGUCAUGAGCUACGCUUACCCUUUGUUAAUUGGGUUAUAACAAACCAGGUAUAUCUCUUGAAUUUUUAUUCGAGAAACUCAAAUCUUUUGAAUUGCUGAUAUUAAUCUUGCUGGGAAGUUAUAUUUGGGAAGACAGGAAGGCAUUGCCACUUUUAACAAUGAGGCCACAUGAUGAGGAAUCUAUUAACUCAGUUACAUUCUUGACAGUGCAUCAUUGCCCUGAUCACAUAGUUCUUAUCACAAUGGGGUAUUACUCAAUGGCUAAACAGCCAUCGGACUUUGAGGUUCUCAAUCAGGGAAUUUGUAUUCUUUUUCCGAGGGAUGCUGAAACAAAUGAAAAUGCCGACUGCUGUAUUGUUGAGAAGAGAAGAAAUGGAUGGAUAAAUUGGGUCCUUUAGCAAAUUUCUUCUGUUCAUUUUGGAUUUUUUUAUUUUGUCAAGAUAAGAUUGUUGAUUUUGAGAUGAAGCUCAUGGACAUUGACCGCAAGCAUCUUGGAAUUCCAGAAGCAGAGUAUCAUGCCAUUGUAAAGAUGCCAUUAGCUGAGUUCUCAAGGAUUUGCAAGGACCUCAGCAGCAUUGGAGAUACUGUUGUAAUUUCAGUGGCAAAGGAAGGAGUGAAGUUCUCUACCAGGGGUGAUAUUGGAACUGCAAAUAUUGUUUGCCAGCAAGGGCUUCAAAAUCACCAGGCAGAGUCUGUGGAGGUCCGUUCCAAGUUGGAAAGCUGUGUCAACAAACAAGUACCCAUCUGCUGGGCAUUUCAUGUCCAAUCAGUAAAGCCUUGCGGUUGUCUUGGAGGGCUGGUCAGAUUCGCAUCAGCCUCCUCUGUUGAAACACUUGAGAUACCACAAAAGAGAAGCAUAGGUCAACUGUCAAGCAGUGCGAAAAGGCAAUGGUCAUCCAGUCCUCAAGAGAUGGAAAACAGUGUUGGAAAUUCACAUUCCCAUGAAUCACAUCAAUUGAUUGGUUCCGCUGUUGUCAAUGAAGAAACAAAGAUGAUAGAGAAAAAUGUGAACAAUUGUCCAUUUGUUAACCAAGACCUUAAUGGCGAUAACAGUGUACUUGUACUUGCAUUUGAGCUAGUUCACUUUUCAUUUUUCCAGUGGCUAUGGCCAUGACAUCAGAUGCAAGGGAAGAAGAACCAAUCUGAUGCAGAGAACCCCCGACAAGUGACAUCUGCACCCACAGGUUCCUAUGGGGAUGGAGGCCAAAGCCAUCAAAGCAGCCAAGAGGGAAGUUACAAAACAUAGGAACAUCCAUUUCCCAGUAAUUAUGGAACGUGCUAUCAUUUCUUUGAGUUCGCAAUGAUGGCCUUACAAGUGAUUGGAUUUGGUCAGUACUGUCUACCUCAAUAACUAAUUUUUUUAAUUAUAUUUCAAAAGUUUUGUUUAUUUAGUUUAGUUCCUAUCUC